UGGAGAGCAGUACGGGCAGCGCUCGCAGUGACCCCAACUACUUUGCCAGCACUGGCGCCAUGGGCGGCCAUAUGAUUCCGGUGAUGUCACAGGAGUAGUCAUGAUCUGUGUGACAUCAGCAGAUUGAUCGUGGCCGCCACUUGAUCACCGUGAUGUUAGAGGAUCAGUCAUACGAUCCUUGUGACUCAUAGGUUAGUCGCAUGCGCGGCAGGUUACCUGUGAUGUGAGAGAGUUGUUCUGGGAACUCAAAGGAUUAGUCACAACUGCCGGGCGAUCCCUGUGAUAUCGACAUCAGGGGAUUAGUUGCAAGCGUUUGGAAGGGAUGUUGGGCUCUGAGCCAUGGUACACUAGGGACUUACCGGGCACAACACAACAGAACAGACAUGGAGAUGAGCGACAGAGUUGACAAGUUGGAAAGAAUACUGCGAUUUUAUUCAGGGAGGUUCUUUAAUUUGAUGGUGUUUCAUGGUACAAAGGUACAUAGGCCUUGGCUGCAACUCAGAGAUAAAGCCAGCCAGGUAGAUUUGGACAAUCUAACAAGCCAGCCAACUUGCAAUUGCUCCGGACUUUCGUUGGUCUGCACAGGUUUGGCUUGGACUGAAGUAUUCUCUUUUCUUACAGCUAGGCGCAAAAUUUUAUUUCAAGCAGUGGUGCAAGGACGAUGGCUGUGGUGUAACAGCUUGGCGGUACUGUGUGACUUAACUUUCAAUACAGCAGCAGCAUGCUUGAUCAUGCGUGCGCGGUAAAAACUAUGCACAGGUGCCAGCGUUGUAGUAAUUACCGGUGUGUGAGGAAAUAUAUAACCUUAAAUUCUGAUUUCCGAUUC